CCGUAAGGGCUGGGAGAAAACCCAGGAGUCCGGCCUCUCAGCCCCCCCUGCUGUCAUUCCUCAGCCCCCUCCAGAAAACCCAGGCGUCCGGGCUCCCUUCUGCUUUGACCCACUGGCUCCUGCUCCGCUGCCAGAUCUGGGGAGGGAACUUAGGCGUCUGGGCCAGACCGAGGGCGGCUCCAUGCCCGGCUCUGACCUGUUCCCCACCGCAGCUAAUGCCAUUAGCCCUGGAUGCUUCCCAGUUGCGGAUGCCGGAUUAGCCGGGGCGGGGGAUUAGCGGAGCCGCCCUGGGUUGGAGCGGGGGCCCGGACAUCUGGGUUCUCUGGGGGGACGGGGAGCUCAGACAACUGGGUUUUUUCUCCGUCUUCUCCCUGUACGGCCCUUUCUCCCCCGCCCGGCCCCGUGCCUCAGUUUUCCCGGGAGCUUGGAGCCGGUUCCCUCGGGGCUGAGUGGGCAGCAGCUGGAGAAGUAUGUGCCCCCCCCCGGUCAGGUCGGCUGGAGAGAGGCUGCGGGGCAGGCAGGAAUGCAUCGCGCCCGGACUCGGGGCCAUAUCUCCCCUCUACCCCCCCCCCCGGGUUCCAGUGACAAGGUGAGGAUCGGCCCAGCACCACUAUGGCCCAGGUGCUGCACAUGGAUGCUGGCUUCCCAGGGAAGCCGGCACCCCCCUCCCCACCCUCCCGGGGGGGCCCAGCCCCAGCCCCUUCCCCACCCUACUCAGUGGAGACACCAUAUGGCUACCGUCUGGACCUCGACUUCCUCAAGUAUGUAGAUGACAUUGAGAAGGGCCACACGCUGCGGCGCCUGCCUGUGCGCCGGCGCCCACGCUGCGCCUCAGCCUCCUGGUGGCCCUCUACCGAGUCUCUCUGCUCCACUGACAGUCGCCUCUCAGCCCUGUCCUACGGGCCCCGGGAUGCCCGGGUCGAGAGCACCCUGCUGGGUGCCCGGCGCAAGCUGGAGGGGCAGGCGGGGCCCAGUGGGCUCCGGAACUCCCGCCUCUCCCUGGCUGGCUCUGGGCUGUCCACACCUGCAACGCCCACGCCUGGCCAUCUCCAGCAUGUCAGGGAGCAGAUGGCAGGUGCUUUGCGCAAGCUGCGGCAGCUGGAGGAGCAGGUGAAGCUCAUUCCAGUGCUCCAGGUGAAGGUGGCUGUGCUCCAGGAGGAGAAGAGGCAGCUCAGCACCCGGCUCCAGAGCCGCCGGGGUUUGGGGCAGCCUGUGGGGGGCACCGGGGAGCUCUACCUGGACCUACCUGAGGAGGAGAUGGCAGCCAGAGGCACCCGGGAGCUGCGGUCUGUGGCUGUGGGCACAGAGGGGGGCACCAGCGGUCAGCGUAGUGUGGGUGUGGGUAUGCCAGAGCCGGAGAUGAUGGAGCUGGGGGCUGGUGCUGGGGAGGGAGACACGGUGCGGGCACUGUCAGCACGGGUGGCUGUGCUGGAGAGGCAGCUACGGAAGGCUCUGGGGGAGCUGCAAGAUGCCCGGCAGCAGCUGGGGAAGGGGGCAGGUGCCAGGGGGCAGGCAGUGGGGACUGAGGGACAGGUGCCAGGGGUAGGGGGGCAGGUGGAAGAAACCAGGGGAAAGGUGCUCGGGGUGGGAGAGCAGACACCAGGGCCUGGAGGGCAGAGGCUGGGGACACAGAGGCAGAUGGCAGGGCCUGGGGGGCAGCUGCAGGGGGAACAGGGGCAGGUGGGGAGUGCUGGGGACCAGGCACAGGGUGCAGGGGAGCGGGCAGAGGUGGUCAGGGUGGUCCAGGUGCCACAGGGCCCCGAGAUCGCAGCCAGUACAGCCGCUGGCCCAGCUGCUCAGCCCCAGCAUGCCCGCGGCCUUGAGCCCCGUGAUGGUCCUGACCUGCUGGAGAUGGCACUGCCCCGUCUGGUGCUUGCCCCAGCCCACGGCCAUGCCCAUGGCGCCCACAAGAUCAGCAUCAUUGAGACAGGUGCAGCUCAAGCUGAGGCCCAACCCAGUGCCAGGGCUAUAGGCGAGGACCCAGAGCCCCCAGGGGGGUCAAGCUACCACCUUGGGGGCAUCAACGGCGGGUACGAGUCGGCAUCCUCGGACUCCAGCACAGCUGAGAACUCGGAGGCCGAGAGCACAGAGAGUGAGUACCACGAGGCCAGUGAGGGGCUCCCGGCAGGGGGGGCUGAGACCCCCAAGGCCACUGAGGAGGAAGCAGCAGCAGGGGCGGCACUCAGCACCACACAAGGCAGCAAUGAUGGGCUGGGGCUUGGGCAGGAGCUGCUCUCAGCCUGCACCAUCCUGAAGAGGUACCUGGAGACCCCUAAUGCCUCCAUGGAUACCAAGACGAGGGACGCCUAUGGGGUGGUGCAGCAGGACUGGCUGGGGCUGGCAUGCGGACAGGCAGUUGAGGCCACAGCCGUGUCCCAGCGCCUGGACACCUACCGCGCCUUCUCACCUCGGGUCCUUGCCACUGCCCUCAACAUGACUGAUGGGCAUGGGAACACAGCACUGCACCAUGCUGUCUCCUGCUCCAACUUCCCCCUGGUGCGGCGUCUUCUUGACACUGGCCUUUGCGAUGUGGAUAAGCCAAACCAGGCUGGCUACACGGCGCUGAUGCUGACGGCACUGGCAGCUGCCUGCCCUGAUGCUGACCGUGCUACUGUCCUGCAGCUGCUCCGUGCCGGGAAUGUGGAUGCCCGUGCCACGCAGGCGGGGCAGACGGCGCUGAUGCUGGCUGUCAGCCACGGACGCCAGGAUGUGGCCAGAGCGCUGCUGGCCUGUGGGGCCAACGUGAACCUGCAGGAUGCUGAUGGCUCCACAGCGCUGAUGUGCGCGUGCGAACAUGGCCAUGCUGCCAUCGCCCGCCUACUGCUGGCUGCCCCUGCCUGCCGCGUGGAUCUGGCUGACAAUGACGGUAGCACUGCCCUGUCCAUAGCGCAGGAGGCCGGACAGACGGACAUUGUCAACAUGAUCGAAGCCUGCCUUGGUGCUGCUGCCCUGGGGAACCCCCUGCCAGUGACCACUGAGACGGCAGUCACCACAGAGGCUCCUGGAGAUACCCAGUAGCAGCUGGACCCAUCAUCAGCACCCCCUCCCCACCCCCCCCAUCCUCUGCUGAGGGCAAUAUGCCCACAGGCCAUAGGCAGCUUCAGAUCUAGACCCAUAUGGGGAGUGACCCCCUGCUCCCAGCCCCUGCAAAGGAGGGGCGGGGGCUGGGAAGACUUGAGGGGUUUCCCAUCCCUGCAGCCCCCAGGGCUCUGUAAAACAAAGAGGGGUGACCCCCUAGCUCUCCGUCCAUGCCCCCUAGCCCUGCUCACGCUGUGUCUCAGUUUUUCCUCUUUGAAAGGAGGAUGACAACAGCCUUCCGUGCCUUGGGACCAGUUGUGGGGGGAGGUGUCCCCCUCACCCCUUUGGUACAAUUCCCUCCCUGGCUCUGUAGUUGCGAGCUCACUGCUUCCCCCUGGCCCUCCUCCCCCCAAACCCACACAUUGCCCUGUCUCCCCCUGCCCCGCCCCGCCUGCUGUCUAUCUACUCGAGGAACCAGAGCAAGUACAGAAUAAACCAAGCCUCCCCCCCCGCUCAUGUGUCCAACUCAGAAGCCAGCAUACCCGGGCUGUGGCUCUGCAGGAUGUCUAUGCAGCCUUGAAGAACACCAUGACCUGCUUCAGUGCCAUGAUCCUGGUCUGUUUGUUCAUCUGUAAUAAGGCUCUCAGGGCACUGAGGAAGAAAUAUGGCAGCUACAAGUACAACAACAUCAUGUCCUGCAGCUGGAACUCUUACAUGCUGGGGCAAAACUGCCAUGGUGUUCACAACCACAUGGACUUCAAGCGCUCCAGAAAUGCACAAACCUGACACCACUGGGGCUACUGCAAGGACCCUGGAGCCCCUACUGCAAUGGGAGAGACACCAACAGCACCAUCAUCUACAUGGAGGUAGCACCCAGCUCAGGGCAGGGGCAGGGAUGCAGGAUCCACCCUGAUGGCCUCCCCAGGGUUCUGGCUUCUUGGGACAUGGGAUAUCUGAGUGUCCACCCUGGCUCUUCUCCUCUCUGCUAGGUGGUCUGGGAAGUUAUGGCUGCUUAGAAUAGAGACUGAAUCUCAGCUGUAGCUCCCUUGCCCUCCUUUAUUCUGCUGACCUCAAGUUGCAACUCAAGCUACUGCUGCAACCUGGUCUCAAUGGUUGGAUCUAGGAGUUUGAAAAGAGCUGCAGGCAGUCUGCAGGGCUGUGUAAUAGGAGAAGAGAGACCAGGAGCAGACAGCUGCAUUGCCCUAAGUGAGGUUGGCUGGAUGAGUGAAAGAUCAAAUAUGUUAAGGAAGAGAGAGGGCCAUUAACAUCUGUGACAUGAAAAACAAUGAGCCAUGAAGUCCACUGACCCUCAGCUGUUUGAAUAGAAAUGCAGCUGCUGCUGCUGUGUGGAGCAGGGAUCAAAGCACAGAGGGCUUUUCUCCUGGGCAGAAAAUCCGCUUCCAUGUUUAAGAUGUUCCCCAAUUUGUGGGUGGGUGACAAAGGUACAUGUGGCAUAUAAGUAAAUACGGUACCAUAAGCUCCAGCCCAGGCUCUGUGCCAAGGGGGAGAUUCUGUCUCCUUGGAAAGGGAGGAGAUGCAAUUCCAGGGCUGAGGAGGGCUGUCCCUGCCCCCAUCACCAUCUUUCCAUUAUUUAAAAAAAAAAAAUUUCCCUUUCAGGGCUGCUUCCCCAAGAUGAAGACCUUUCUCUGGAGGAACACCUCCGUGAUGGGGGCAGCCACCUUCAUCACGACCCUGCUGGAAGCGAGUCCAGGCCCAUCUCUGGGACUUUGCUGCUCUGUUUAUGUGGAGUUUUAUCCCCCUCCCAGCUGAGUUGGUGCCUGAGGCUCCUAUCCUGGUCUCCCCAUCUUAAUUAUGCUGCUGAUUGGUACAGGGGCCUAAUCAUCCUCCUAGAUGCAGACUCGGAGGUUUGAGUCCCAUCCCUGUUAUUUGUGCCCCCUCCUCUCGCAGGUGGUGGCUAUGGUAGUCUCCCUGACACUCUGUGUAAGGGGCGAGCAAUUAUUUUGUGUGGAGGGCUGCUUACUGAGUUUUGGCAAGCCAUCCAGGGCCGCAUGACAGGCAGCCAGGGGCAGAUAAGUAUGAAUUUUCUAAAUUUUUUAGGAGCCCCGCGGGCUGGAUAGAAUGGCCUAGCAGGCUGCAUCUGGCCCAUGGGCCACAUUUUGCCCACCCCUGCCUAUGUGAAGCUUGAAUGGCAAUAGAAAAGCUCAAGCCACUGGUUCCUGCUGCACUGGGAUUCAUUGCACUGGAGGAGGAGAAUGAAAGGCUGCUGUGUGCCCCACUCCCAGGUCCCUAAGACACCUCCAUUCCCCUCGAUCCUGCCCUAUUGCUGUAGUCAGGGGAGUUUCUGCCUUCACCUGUUGAAGCAGCAGGAUCUUGUGCUGGCCCAGUUGUCUCAUUUCAUCCUCAGGAAGUACAGAAAGCCCAGGGAAUGGCAGAAAUCUGGGGGGGUGGGGGCAGAGGUUGACGUUCAAGACUGUUUUACAGGCACUAAGCUUGACUGGAUGUAGCAAGCCCUAUCUUUGAAGCUUCCCUUAUUCUCCACCCCACCCCUUUCUGCCCUCUGGGAAGAUGAUGCCAUGUCAAAGAGAUAAUAAAAAUAUUGUGAUGGA